CCCCAAGUCAAACAAAACAUUCUCCUCCUCUCCGCCAUGGCAACAUUCGCCAUCAGCGGACACCAUAUCACGGCGCCGGCAGUUUUCAACACCGCUUCUUAUCUCCCCAGUCUCCGUAAAUACUCUUCCCCUUCUUCCUCUCACGAACUCAGCUUAAACGCACCUUCCCCUCGCUUCCCAUCUCUUAAAUGCUGCUGGAGCUCACCUAAUCGGAAGAAGGAGACAUCGUCUAACAAUAAUCUUCUUAAAUCAUUGGGUAAAUCUCUCGUAAUCGCCUCCGUUUCGUCCGCCGUGUUCCUAAUUUUCCCUCGAUUCUCGUCGAUGUUUAGCGGCGGAGGAGGAGGCGAUGGGAACUUCGGUGGUUGUGGUGGAGGCGGAGGUGGUGGGGAUGGUGAUUUUUGGAGGGAUUUGUUUUCUCUGGCUGUUCCAGAGGCCGUCGCGGACGAGGAACAGUCACCGGAUUGGGAUUCUCACGGAUUACAAGCGGAGGAUCGAGAAGGCAAGGCCGUGUUUGUUGCCCGGGACGGUUCAGAGAGAGAUGAUGCUUAUGCUCAGGGACGAAAGGAGAGUAGGCGCGAGGCUUCUGCGGAAGAUUGGGGAUCGUGUUAAUAGAUGGUACCAAGAAAAUGGGUAUGCGUUUGCUCAGGUUAUGAAUUUUGGGAGCUUGAACAGUAAAGAAGUUGUCUUUGAAGUUGUGGAAGGAGACAUUACGAAGCUUGUUAUCCAGUUUCAUGAUAAGCUUGGCAAUGUGGUUGAAGGUAACACACAGGUUCCAAUCGUGCACAGGGAGAUUCCCAAACAGCUCCGUCCAGGCCAUGUGCUCAACAUGAAAGCUGCAAGCCAAGCUGUGAAGAACAUUCACUCUUUAGGCUUGUUCUCCAACAUCGAGAUCUAUCCACGUCUGGAUGAGAAAAACGAAGGAGGUGUUAUUGUAGAGAUCAAGCUCACGGAAGCAGAUCAGAAAUCAGCAGAAGUCAGUACAGAGUGGAGUAUUGUUCCUGGGCGCGGAGGAUAUCCUUCAUUGGCUUCGUUCCAGCCAGGCGGGUCUGUUGCUUUCGAACAUCGAAACAUCUGUGGUCUUAACCGGUCUCUCAUGGGUUCAGUAACCACUAGCAACCUCUUGAGUCCUGAGGAUGAUCUUUCGUUUAAGUUCGACUAUGUACACCCAUAUCUGGACGGUGUUUACAAUCCUAGAAACCGUAUCUUCAAAAUGAGCUUCUUCAAUAACAGCAAACUUAGCCCAGUAUUCACUGGAGGACCUAGCUGUGAGGAAGCAGUGCCUCCAAUUUCGGUGGAUCGAGUUGGUUUAAAAGCUAAUAUUACUGAGAACUUCACCCGUCAGAGUAAAUUCACAUAUGGACUUGUGUUGGAAGAGAUAACAACUCGAGAUGAAAACAGUCAAAUCUCUGCAAAUGGGCUUAGGAUAUUGCCUAGUGGAGGCAUCAGUGUUGAUGGACCUCCAACAACUCUAAGUGGUACAGGUAUCGAUCGCGUAGCCUUUCUACAAGCCAACAUAACCAGAGACAACACCAAGUUUGUGAAUGGAGCUAUUGUUGGAGAGAGGACUAUCUUUCAGGUGGAUCAAGGAUUGGGUAUAGGAAGCAAAUUCCCGCUCUUCAACCGCCACCAACUAACUUUGACAAGAUUCAUUCAGCUGAAGCAUGUAGAGGAAGGAUCCGGUAGACCACAACCACCAGUUCUAGUCCUCCAUGGCCAUUACGGUGGCUGCGUAGGCGAUCUUCCAAGCUAUGAUGCUUUUGUUCUCGGCGGGCCUUACUCUGUUCGAGGCUACACCAUGGGAGAGCUUGGUGCAGCUAGAAACAUUCUCGAGCUUGGUGCUGAGGUUAGAAUACCUGUGAAGAACACACAGGUGUAUGCAUUUGCUGAGCAUGGAAACGAUUUGGGAAGCUCAAAGGAUGUGAAAGGGAACCCGACCGCGGUUUACAGGAGAGUGGGACAUGGUUCAUCUUACGGUUUGGGUGUGAAACUCGGUCAGGUACGAGCAGAAUACGCUGUAGAUCACAAUGGUGGAACCGGUGCUCUGUUUCUCCGAUUCGGAGAGAGGUAUUAAAGUAAAACUGAAAACGUAAACUAAUGUAUAAAACCUAAUCUUAGCCUUGUGCAGAUUUUGGCUCCUUUUGUUUAUGUCAUUUAGAUAAUUGGUAAUGUAAUUAACUUGAUUGCG